AGUCUCGCGUGAGUUGAACGACACGUCCGUGAGCGUUGUUAACAAGACGUCGAUCUUAGCAACCGUUUAUCGCCGCAGUCUAAAAGAGACAUUUUGUUCGGUUAGAGGAUUUACUGAGCUUCGCCAGGUUUCGGUGCAGAGGAACCAGGAAGGAGGCGGAAGACCUGCAGGCGGUUCGGCCUCAAGACUCAACUGCUCAUCCGAACAUUUAAUUCCUACAAACCGAGCCCGUUCACCUGUGUGCUAACAGAAGAGGAAAAUCUGCGCCAGUCGUUGUGCAAAUAUGUCAAAGGCUCCAGAAUCUCCAUCACGACCCAGGUCCAGGUCCAGAUCCAGAUCUAGAUCCUACUCCAGAUCACGAUCUAGGAGCCACUCUCGCUCAAGAUCCCGGAAACGUCGCUACAGCUCCAGGUCCCGGUCCCGUUCCCACUCUCCGUCCUACAGAAACUAUCCAUCCCGGGACUAUCAGAGCAACCGAGGUGGCUUCAGAGGCUACAACCGAGGCUACCGCCGGCCGUACCACUACCGAGGCCGGGGUCGGGGGUAUCAUCCCCGCGGCCAUUACCAGAACAGAGGAGGAGGAGGGGGGGGCUACGGCUAUAAGUCUAACUGGCAGGGUGGUGGAGGGGGUUGGCACGAUCGCCACCAUGACCAGGACCACCACAGUCCUAGGAGGGGGCGCUCCCGCUCCCGAACCCCCAAGAAGCGCUCAGGUAGCCGGAGCCGCUCCCACUACUCUGAUCGUUCAUCUUCGGGCCGAUCCCGGCGCUCCAGGCGUUCCAGCUACUCAUCCCGGUCUCGUUCCCGGUCCUCAUCACGACGUCGUAGCAGCAAAGGUCGGCCCCCCUCCAAGGAUGCUAAAGACAAGACAUCAGAGAGUCAGGCGGAGAAGUCGGGACCGGCUGCAGACGGUGGCGUCAUCGAGAAAACUUCUGGAGGUAAAUGGAUUGACUAUGAGGCCAGUCCCAAACGAAGCACGCCCGAUAUCAAGAAGGAGGACCCGCCCUCUGCCGCCGAGAGCAAAGGGCCCGGCAGCGGAGGCCCUAUGUGGAAAACCAUCGGCUCGACGACCCCGCCACCGAAGAGUCCCACCAAGUCUGGUCAAACGGCCUCGUUCAGCGGCUUCGGCUUCUUCUCAAAGGAAGAUGUUAAAGAUGAAGAUAAGACGGGGAUCUCUGCCGCCUUCAGAAAGUUCCUGGCCGAAAAUAAAAACAAAAAGCAGACAGCUGAGAAGGAGACCAGCCGUGAGAAGGAGCAGGUCUCCACAGACCGGGACGUGGAGAAAACCUCCAAGUCUGCAGACCUCUUCAGCAUCUCCUCCCCUUCGUACGAGCCCAAGGAAGACAAGGUCCUGCCCUUCUUCGAUGAUGCCGAAGAGGAGUUCCUCAAGUCGCAAGGGCUGAAGGAGCGGGACAUGGAGGACACCGCCGAUGGCAAACACAACCUCACAGCGCGAGACAUGUUCGGGAAGUGGGGUGACGAGCCGAGCUACUCCACGGUUUACCCGCCCGUCAAGGAGAAGAGCCGCAGAGAUGCCGAGGAGGAGGAGCCUGAAGAUCACAUGCCGGAGGAGCUGUACCGAGGCCGCAAACACUCAAAGAAAGAGGAGAAGUCCAAGAAGAAGGAGAAGAAAGAGCGGGAGAAGGCCAGGAGGAGCCUGUCUCCCCCCUCCAUGUCCAAAGAGAAGGAUCGGCCGCUGUUCCCGGGAGCUUACCCCCCCCGAGAACCAUCGCCUGCCCGUCUGUCUGCCUCCAGAGAAGACUUCGAGCUCAAAAUCGGUUCUUUAGAUGACCUGCCUGGUUCCUCUCUGUCCAAAGAUCACCUCACGCAUCGCGACCUGCUGAACUCCUCCAAGAAAGAUCCGGAGUUUCGCUCCAUUUUCCAGCACAUUCAGUCGGCGCAGCUUCGCCGCAGCCCGUCCGAGCUGUUCGCCCAGCACAUCGUCUCCAUCGUUCAUUACAUCAAAGCUCAUCACUUCCACUCCUCAGACAUGACUCUAAGUGAGCGGUUUGCCAUGUACCAAAGAAAAGCUGCAGAGGCAGAAAUGAUGAAGCCAAGGAAGAGCCCAGAAAUCCACAGGAGAAUCGACGUUUCCCCCAGUGCCUUUAAGAGGCACUCUCACCUGUUUGAGGAUUUGGAGGAGACGAGCUACAAGGAUCCCAGUAAAAAGUUCAAAGGUGACGUGAUGGACCUCCGCCUGGAUAUUGAAAGGCGUAAGAGAUUUGCUGGGAGGGAGCGAGACUACAAGCGAGACGGGGGCAGGAGCCCCGGAGGCUCCCGAGGACCCAGCAGGGAGAGGUCCUCAGAGAAACCUGGAAAGCACCACAAGAAGUCAAAGAAAGGGAAGAAGAAGAGGGAUCGCUCUCCAUCCUCCUCUUCCUCCUCCUCCUCUCCAUCCCCAUAUCCUCCGUCUUUCAGGGGGAAGGAGUACAUGGGGGAGGGGAUGGAGCACUCAGAGGAGGGCUACAGUCAGUCACGUUAUCCACCACGGGAGUAUGGCGGCCCCGGGGACAGGGGUCCUCGAGAUUAUGAGGGCCACGCCGCAGAGAGAGGAAGAGGCCGGGGGUUUUUCCCCAGAGUCAGAGGACGAGGCUGGAACAGAGGAAAUUACCCCGGCAACAGUAACGGGAACCCUGCCAACAUGAACCCUGCAGCACGCCCCCCCGACGAGGAGUGGGACCCCGAAUACACCCCCAAGAGCAGGAAGUACUACCUGCACGACGAUCGUGACGGGGAGAAAACCUGGAUCGACAACCGAGGUCGGGGGCGGGGCUCGUUCCCGACUCGCCGUGGGCGCUUCCUGUACCGGAGGGGGGGCAGCAGCCCGAAGUGGACCCACGACAUGUUCCAGGGAGGGGAGGAGGGCGAGCUGGGUGACGACGGCAUGGAGGUGGAGCACAAAGACGGCAAGAAUGCCGGAGACGCCUCCAAGCAGUGAGCUUCGUCACGGAGGCGUACGGUCACCAUGGCGAUGAAGGGUUACGUGUGUCUGCAUCAUUUAAUGGUUCAACGUGCUGCGAUCGGAUGAGCAGCUGUUCCUGCGUUUUUAUGUUUUAUGUCUUUUUAAGGAGAAACGGUUCAAAGGUUCAACUUGUGCAAAAUCUAAAAUAAAAAGCAUCUGUGCCUUAGAAACGCUGAAACAGUCACGUGGAAGCAUGUCUUCCUGGUUUUCCUUCAUCUCAUUCACACACACCUCGCUCCAUGGGACCAAUCAGCAGCCACGACCCGACCUGUACGCCGUUCACGUAACGCCACCUCACCUGUGUGCGUCAGUGUGUCUUUGUGUGUGUGUGUUCUUUUUAAUCCAGUUUAAAAUCUUCAACAGCAGAUUUCUGGCUCAGAAUUCCACAAUAAAAAAAAUAAACUGUAGAAGAAGAAAAAAAAAGCUCCUUGUGUUGACUUAGAGUUCAAAUCGGGUCAGAGCUGGAAUGAGUCGGUACGAGGAGUUGACGGUUUGAAUCCGUGCUGCUUCGUCACUGCAUGUCAGAAGUUUUUCUGUUUGAAGCUGAAAAUUUUUUACUGUUUUCAACUUCCUGUCUUCAUUUUCAAUAAAUUUUCUUUGAUUCA